AUGUCCAUAAUAGCGGGUUAUUCUUCGUCAAGCUCAGAAGAUGAAUCUGAGAAACAGCAGUUGACCACUCUUCCUAUGCGUAUCAUUUCGGGCGGGAGAAAGACUAUCACUGGCUAUAUCCAGCAGGAAGCGGUGGAUCCGUUGAAGUUUGAUACCAAUAAACGAUUAUACGAUAGGCUGGAUGGUACCAAAUCUCCAAAUAACUCAUAUUUUACUGUUUCGAAGAGAGAAUCACAGAAAAUCAAAAGACAACGAAAGGACAAAGGUGAUUCAUCACAGCUCGACGGUAAUAAUGCAUACAGAGGACCAUGGGCUAGUGAGAAAUCAUCGUCCAGCGAUGAAGAAAGUGAUAGGGCUGAGGUUUCACGCAACUAUACAGUGGAGCUUCCUCCUGAUUUAGAAAAUGGGGUUGGUAAUGGCGUUAAACCUUCGGAAACUUCCGAAUACUUUCCAACUUCAACCUCAUCUGGAAUACUUACUCCUCCUUCGUCAAAUCGGAUCAACUUUCUUAAUUCCCAACCAGGAGCUCAGAAAUGCUAUGUUCCGAAAAAGAAGGUAUAUAUCUAUACGGCACAUAGAGGAGGCGUUCAGGCAAUUCAAUUCUUGCCAAACACCGGACAUCUACUAUUAUCUUGCGGUAACGACUCUGAAAUCAAAAUAUGGGACGUAUAUGGCAAUAGGGAACUUUUAAGGGGCUAUUAUGGCCAUACAAAGGCGGUAAAAAAUGUGCAGUUUAAUUCAGAUGGCACGAAGUUUCUCAGCUGCUCUUACGACAAAUGGGUCAAAUUAUGGGACACAGAAACAGGUAAAUGCACGUAUAAAAAGAAGCUUCGAGGUUUCCCCAGCGUGGCAAAGUUUAAUCCAAACAACCAGAACGAAUUUCUUGUUGGAACAAAUAAGAUGACUGUGGAGCAUUAUGACAUUUCUGCGGACGAGAUUAUUCAAACCUACGAGCAUCACACUGGAGCCAUCAACUACCUUGAAUUCAUAGCGGAAAACAAGAACUUUGUCACAAGUUCAGAGGAUAAAUCAUUAAAAGUGUGGGAUCUUCGGAUUAAUAUGCCUAUAAAGCAGAUAGCCGAUCCCAAACAGCACUCUAUGCCGUAUCUUAGACUACAUCCAGACGGCAGAUACUUUGUGGCACAGUCUAUGGACAAUACUAUCGUUACUUUUAGUACUAAGAAAACUGACAAAUUCCGCAAAAAUAAGAGGAAACUAUUCAAAGGCCACAAUUCGGCAGGUUACUCUGUGGGAUUACAAUUUUCUCCUGACGGACGUAACUUGAUUAGCGGAGACUCAUAUGGCUACACAUAUUUCUGGGAUUGGAAUACGACAAGAUUGAUCAAGAAGAUUAAAGUGGACGACAAAGUGAUCAGCUGCGUAGAUGCGCAUCCACUAGAGACUAGCAUUGUGGCCAUGGCCGGACUCAGCGGUAAUAUAUACUUGUACGAUUAA